AAAGGCGGCCCGCCACUCGCCCCGCUCGAGCCGGCGCCACCCCGAUUGCCGCCGCCGCCGCUGACGAGCGACCGCACGCUCGGCGCCCGCCAUGGACGCCUUGUCCCGCCCCGCUGUCGUCAUCGACAACGGCACCGGGUACACGAAGAUGGGGUUCGCGGGGAACGUGGAGCCCUGCUUCAUCACCCCCACCGUCGUCGCCGUCAAUGAUUCCUUCUCCUCCUCCGGCCAGCCCGCGGCGAGGGGCGCCCCCGCCAGGGGGAACUGGCUCGCUCAGCACAGCGCCGGCGUCAUGGCUGACCUCGACUUCUACAUCGGCGAGGAGGCGCUGGCCCGAUCCCGCGCCAGCACCUCGCACAGCUUGAGCUAUCCCAUCCGCAACGGCCAGGUGGAGAAUUGGGAUACUAUGGAGAGGUUCUGGCAACAGUGCAUCUUCAAUUACCUCCGGUGCGACCCAGAAGAUCAUUAUUUUCUUCUAACUGAGAGCCCUCUGACUGCCCCUGAGACCCGGGAGUAUACUGGGGAGAUCAUGUUCGAGACGUUCAAUGUGCCCGGCCUCUAUAUUGCUGUCCAACCUGUCCUUGCGCUCGCUGCUGGGUACACUACCACCAAGUGUGAAAUGACAGGUGUUGUAGUUGAUGUGGGUGAUGGGGCUACACACAUUGUUCCAGUUGCUGAUGGAUAUGUCAUUGGGAGCAGCAUCAGAUCUAUUCCAAUUACAGGCAAGGAUGUUACCCAGUUUGUUCAUCAACUUCUAAAGGAAAGAGGUGAGAACAUUCCACCAGAAGAAUCUUUUGAUGUAGCAAGGAGGAUUAAAGAAAUGUACUGCUAUACUUCUUCAGACAUUGUGAAGGAAUUUAAUAAACAUGACAGGGAGCCAUCAAAGUACGUUAAACACUGGACGGGCAUCAAACCAAAAACUGGUGCGAAAUACACAUGUGACAUUGGAUAUGAACGAUUCCUGGGGCCUGAGAUCUUCUUCAACCCAGAGAUAUAUAACAAUGACUUCACCACUCCUUUGCAAGUUGUUAUUGACAAGUGCAUCCAAUCAUCCCCAAUCGACACAAGGAGGGCUCUUUAUAAGAAUAUUGUCUUGUCUGGAGGCUCAACUAUGUUUAAAGAUUUCCAUAGGAGGUUACAGCGGGACCUAAAAAAGAUAGUGGACGCACGAGUCCGUGCAUCUAAUAGUCGGCUUAUUAGUGGAGAUACUAAGGCCCAGCCUAUAGAAGUGAACGUGGUCAGUCAUCCUAUUCAGAGAUAUGCGGUAUGGUUUGGCGGCUCUGUGCUUGCUUCAACUGCCGAAUUCUACGAGGCUUGUCACACAAAAGCAGAGUACGAAGAGUACGGUGCGAGCAUCUGCCGAUCGAACCCUGUGUUCAAAGGGAUGUACUGAAUCAGCCCAUCAUAUAAUCCCAUUCUCAAUGGUAUGUAUUAAACCGGGAGCGAUUCCCUGAGGUUGACUGUCGUGAAUGGCAUCCACUCCAGCGUAAAUGGGGAGAAGGAGAACUGACAGUGGAGACGGACUGUCCAGAGGGAUCCUGGAGAAGCAUAGCCGUACGAGCUGUACAAACGAAAAGUGCAAAUAGAUAGGUUCAUGUUUCAUCAUACAAUUUAGAUGCUGGUAGGCCUGACAGGAUGGGUUUGCCACCUCUGCUGAAUUGGGUGGCAUUGUAAUUUUUAGCGUCAACAUUGUUGCUUCUGGCGAUGCGGCAUUGCUCCAUGUAUACAUGUUGAUUCGGCAACAAUUUUUUUUCUCUC